GCUGCGCGCGCGCAGGAGAAACCGUGCGCUUUGCAUUCAACACUCAGUUGUAAAGCAACUUUAGAGGUCAUCAAACGCUUUAUAGGGACCCCUUAUAACUUCACACGUCAAAUUAUUUUGACAUAUUUAACGAAACUAGAAAAAUAUGAAUAAGUUAAAACGUUCCUCAGUGGUGUAGAACAAGUUAAAAGUGCCGUAACAGUUAAGUGCUACUUGAAAGUUGUCAUAGUGCUAAGAACAUUGUCAUCCCGGUUCCGACGUGUUAAGUUUCGGUUAAGUUGGUUCAAGUUGAGGUUUAAUUAAGCUAGUGUUAAGUGAAACUAUGAGUGGUUGUGAGUUUAGUGAUUGAUACCGGCUCUUGUGUUGGAUAUGGAAGGAUUGGUCGGCAGUUGAAAAUGUGGGAAAACAUUUCUUACGUCAAAUCUGUGAGGAAAAAGGGGACCAGUGUAUAGGGUCUCGUCAUGUCAAGCGGUAGUUGCUCGGGGCCCGGCGUGUGCGGGGGAGCCCGGCGCAGGCCCCCGCCGCCGCCCGAGCCGGCCCUGUCUCUAGCUGCCGACCUCAGCGAGCUCAGUCUCGACCAGGGCUACCACACCCUCGCAGACUGCGGCCCACCGAGAAGAAGAAGAGAUAAUACUCUCAAUGAUGCCUUGUGGUUGAAGAUUUUGUCUUACCUUGAGGUAUCAGACCUCUGCCGAAUGUCUCGAGUGUGUCGACGAUGGGCGAGGCUCACCACGCGCCUGAUCACCAGGCCAGAAGCCUGGAAGAAGGUGAGGGCAGCAGGUCCCUUGGAGAUCGCGGCCAGGUGUGCUGGAGCCAGGGCAGGACCUUGCGUCAGCUCCGUUAAGGAAUGGCGGUCGAAAAACUGUGCGGUAACAGUAGCGAGUGCCCAAUUGCUGGUGGCUACAUUCAGGAACCUGACGCACUUGGCAGUGACGGGAUCCAGUAGCAUGGACGCCAGAGCCAUGGCGCCCCUCAUCACAGACCUCACGGAUUUGAGGCAUAUAGACCUUACAGGUUGUCCAAACGUGGACUGGCCAGACUGGGCCUGGUUGGAGACGCGGCUGGCGACGCGAAGACCUCCCGUGGAGUACAUAGACCUCACGGACUGUGGGUCGGUCACGGACGCUGGACUCUGCGCCUUACUGCACACCUGCCCUUCUCUGCAGUAUUUGUACCUUAGGAGAUGUACUCUAGUCACAGAUGCAGGCGUCCGGUGGAUCCCAUCGUACUGCGCGUUAAAAGAACUCAGUGUGUCCGACUGUACCGGAGUCACGGACUUCGGGCUGUACGAGCUGGCGAAACUAGGGCCUGCGCUACGGUACCUUUCUGUCGCUAAGUGUACACAGGUCUCAGACUCUGGUGUCCGAACCUUAGCACGGAGGUGUUACAAGCUCCGGUACCUGAAUGCUCGAGGGUGUGGUGCUCUUGGAGACGAUGGUGUGGAAGCCAUAGCUAGAGGAUGUUCCAGGCUUAGAGCACUUGAUCUAGGUGCUACUGAUGUUUCUGAGGCUGGGUUACAGAUCCUAGCACGAUGUUGCCCUAACCUCAAAAAGCUGGCCUUACGAGGUUGUGAGCUGAUAGGCGACGAUGGUUUGGAAGCCGUAGCCUAUUACUGUCGAGGACUGACUCAGCUGAACAUCCAGGACACUCCAGUGACGUUACGAGGAUACAGGGCGGUGAAGAAGUAUUGUAAACGAUGUGUCAUUGAGCAUACCAACCCUGGAUUCUGUUGAAGAGCCAGUUCAAGGUAUUUUGGUCUUGAAAUGUGUUGGUUGAAGGUAGAAGAUUUAUGUCUCUGGCCCAGAAGAAUUAUCGUCGAUAAAUUCUGAUUCUAAUGAAAAGUCUUCUGAUGCACCUCGCUCAUGAGACAUUUUUUUCUGUCAAGAUUCUUUUGUCGUUCUGUGUCAUUCGAAGGUUGACUUCUUAAGGAUGGAGGUUGAUGUAUAGAAAAAAAUGUCUUAUCAAAAGAAGGGUUUUGAUUUUGCCAUGCAAAAAAGAACCAUAUUUUGUAGUGUGUGCAGUUGGUUUUUCAAUGUUGAAUAUUUAAACAUCUUGGUAUCGUCCACCACCAUAUCUAAAAGAUUUUAGUGGUAGAGGACAAUCAGUACCUUUAGUAUGAGUUUGCUUUACGUUUAAUGAGAUCGAAAUAAUCGCUCUGAUUGGCCGGGUCGAAUACACCAACCAAUUAGAGGGCCGAACGAGCUCUCGUUUCGACUUUAAACAUAAAACAAACUCGUAAUAGGGCUAAUGUUGUGUUUUGUUUAAAAAACUUUCCUAUUUUCGUAUGUAUAUGUAUAUAAACGAGUAUGUAAAAUGUUAGUUAGGUACUAAUAUAGUUUUAAGUAAAUGUAAAUGCUUUAAAUAUAAAUAUAACCGAAUAAGGUAAAGUUUUAAUGUAAUUUUAAUAGAUUGGAUUGUUUUUAUGUACAGGGUACAAAAUUCUUUUGGAUUAAGAAGAAUUGAAUAUUGAUAAUUUUAUGAGAAAGGUUUGACGUUUUUGUUAAAAAAUUGUGACACUUCCAUAGCAAAAGACAUUGUAUUUUUCGCUCCAAUUUAUUACAUUACAAAAGAAUCAACAAGAUUUACUGAAUGUUUCCAAUUUGAAGUAAUUUUUUCCAUUCCAAAAAUAAUAGAUUUUUACUUAUAAAACGAAAUAACACGUAAAAAGUUUGGACAAAUAAUGUGCCAUAGAAUAUUUUGUUCUAAAUUAGAUUAAAAUUACAAUCAAACAGUACAAGUUUGGACAUUAAAUUAAAUAUAAAUUGCUUUUAAUAGCAAAAACUACUUUAAAAUAUUCAAAAACCUGUCAAAAUAAAACGAUUUAUAGUUAAAACACUUGAUUUUGAGCUUUAACAUGCAAGUAAUAAAAUAAAAUAUCAGCUGAAGAAUGUGUUCCAUUUUCUACACAAGCGCCCUCUACUGAAAGCGAAAAUUUGUCUAUUAGUUCCACAAAAGUAGUUUUUGCUAUUAGAAAUAACAUUAAACUUAUAAAUAUGUAAUUAAAGCUAAUAUCUUCAAAAGAUAUGGCGACUUACUUUAAAUAAUUUCUCUAUUAACUGAAUUGCCAUUGUUGAUUUAGUGUUUAUUAUUAAAUUAUAUUUUUUAACAAAUA